AUGGACAUUAUUUUUCCAACCGGAACCCAACCUUUUCCCUCCUCUCUUCCCCCUUCAGAGUCUCCUGUUUCAGGAUCUCUGAACUUCAGCAUCGCAUCGCGUAGCUCAAGUUCUUCCACCAACUUUACCCCGAUCGACUUAACGUCGUUCACCACGGAUUACCACCAGCAAUCAUGGCUUCCCUCACCCCCGCCUCAACAGCCCUUGGCUUCCAAUCAGAACAACAACAGCAACAACAACAACAGUGCACUCGAGGACUUUGUGCUCUAUCCACCGUCGACUCCCCACUCGCAGCCUCGCCCGCGUGUGCCCGUGAAUACAACCCAUAGGCCGUCUGCUCUCCAGCCAUUUUUGGCGCAGAAUAAUCCUCGACGACACUCCUUCAGUCUGCAGUUGCACCGUCACCUCCAGCAGCAGUAUUCUGGCUCGCCUGUUCAAGACCCCAGAGUAACCCAGCUUGCCCGGUCCCCUUCUUAUUGGUCCCACCCCACGCUCAAGCACACCCGUCCCAAUCCGGCUUCUGUGCCUUCCAAUUCUCCAAACACCAACCGCCCUCCCAUCCCACUUUUCAACGGUCAACAAAACCGCCCCAACGCGCAACCAUACCGACGCGUAAUGUCGACUCCUAACUUCAUGGAAGGUAAUAUCCCAUAUAUCUCACCAUAUCCUAGCGAUUUCAUCGCUAACCCCACACUAGCUCACGAGGUUGAUCUGUUUGGUCUUCCCUCUGCCCACUUCUCUGGUAGCAUGGAUUCUCCUCUCGCGUACAAUGACCUCGGUCUUAGUACUAGCUUUGCCGACGCUCCUCCAGGCACUAUCUCACCCAAGGAUCUCAUGAUGGAUGCGUCUGUUCCUCCUUCCGGAACAUUCACCGAUUUGAGCACUCCUUCCUUCGAGUCCCCUGGAAACUUCAGCCAAAACACCUCGCCCAUGUUCACCGACUUGGAUAUUGCCGGCCACGAAGAAUGGCCUUCGCUCUUCGAUCACUCAUCUGAGCAACUGAAUGCCUUCGAUCUUGCUGCCCUGGAUGCGACAGCCUACUCUGUCGAACCCAAGAAGCAGAUCCUUUCAAUCCCCGAACUUCCUACCUCGCCUCGCGCCAAGCGAUCGGUUGCGUCGUCGCCCGUUCCUGCCACUGGUGGAGUCAAGCACUCUAGCAUCUCUGGCAUCAACGCGCGAUCGCGUAAGAACCUUUCACCUGUCGAAUUCGAUCCCAAUGAUCCCAUCGCCGCCAAGCGUGCGCGUAACACUGAGGCUGCGCGCAAGUCGCGUGCCAAGAAGAUGGAACGCCAGGUUACUUCCGAGCGCCGCAUCGCGGACCUCGAGAAGAUCAUUGCCGAUCGCGACGCGGAGAUUGCCAAACUUAAGGCUCAACUCCAGAUUCAAAACUCUUUCCAGUAA